UAUAGAAUCCAACGGAAUUGUAUAGAAUUUGCUGGAAAGCGCGUACAAGAUAAAAUCGGCCCUCGGGUGGCAUUGUAUCAACAGAUUUGGGUACAACAUUUGCCCAGUGACACUAAUAGGCAAAUAAAUUGGAAUCAUAGUGAUGUCGGAAUCAGAAGCUAUGUUGCACUGUUAUAAUCGUGGUUGUGGUAAAAAAUACGAUCCUGAAAAUAACAAGGAAGGUGAUUGCAUUCAUCAUCCUGGACUGCCUGUUUUUCACGACGCUUAUAAGGGCUGGUCGUGCUGUAAUAAAAAAUGUACAGACUUUACGGAAUUUCUGAACAUAAAAGGCUGCACCAAGUCCUUUCAUACGAACGUCAAACCAGCUGACCCGGAAAAACCUGCCGUUGACAAAUCUAGAAUGAAUGAAGUCAUUGAAGUGAAACCUCUGGUGAAAAACGUUAACCUAAGCUUGCCUAGACCUCCUUACGACAGCCCUCAAGUUACUUUGAUACCUGUUGUAUCACCUGCCUUACUGCAGCAAAUUGAGGGCCUUGCUGUACAGGUCACAACGUCCACAGAGACUCAAAUUCCGAUUGGUGAAAUGUGCAAGCGGAAGGGAUGCAAAGCCUCGUAUACGAAGACUCUGGCUGAUCAAGAACCGUGCACUCAUCAUCCAGGUGUACCUAUUUUUCACGAGGGGCUCAAAUAUUGGUCAUGUUGUCAGAAAAAGACAACAGAUUUCAGCGUUUUUUUGGAACAACCUGGCUGUUCUCAGGGAACCCAUCUCUGGCUGAACGAGGCUAAGAGCAAAACCAUCAAGUGCCGAAUGGAUUGGCAUCAAACCGGAGGGUUUGUUGUUGUUUCCAUAUUUUGUAAGAAGUAUCAGCCUAGCCGGUCGAAUGUUAGAUUAAAUCCAGUACGAUUGACUGUGGAUCUGUACUUCCAAGAGGAAGAUUCCAGAUAUGAGCUGGAUGUUGAACUCAGAGGGGUAGUCAAUGUGGAAGAAAGUAGCGUAAACAUGUUGCCGACUAAAGUAGAAAUAAAAUUGAAAAAAGCUGAACCAGGGACUUGGGCUAAGCUUGAAACCGCAAAUCCAACCAAAACGAUAGAAACACCUCCUGUCCUACAGUCAGAGUCUGAGAAAGAGGAGAGCAUAACCGCACAAGUAGAUGCUGUAGACCUCAGUGAUCUUUGAAAAUUUUGCCUAUUGACGUCUUCCAUGAGUGCAUUCAGUCGCCUUGGUACUGCAGCUUCCUCUUGUGCUUGGAGAAAUUUGAAAGUUGAUAGUUCGAGGUGAGCCUGUUCGAUUUGUUCCCAUAAGUCAUGUAUUUGUUUUGAUAAUCCUUGUGCACGUGUCUGUGAAAAGAUGUUAGCAGAAAUUCAUAAAGAGGAGCAUAUUGAUAAUUUGAAUUUUGUUAAAUUCAGAAUCGUUCAAUCAUGACAUCACGAUACAAUUCCACAGAUAUUACUUUACCUGAUAGCCUCCAGUCAAUAUUUUGAGCUUCUUCUCCAUUUUCGCUGCACGUUUUGCUUCCCCAGUCAUAUGAACACGGUUUUCUUCUAAUUUUCUUUCACAUGCUUCGACCCUAUCUUUCUUUGAAGCUAAAGUAGCUCUUGUGUAUCGCUUCUGAUUCUCCAGAUAUAGAAUCUAUAAUAAAUAAUCGAUUUAAUUUUUUAA